AUUUUAGUUGGUCUCACCCAUCUUCCACAUCGAUUGCAGUGACAAAGAGCCAAGAAAUUGUGUUAAAAGUGUGAAAAAUUGCCAAGAAAUGGCCGGUAAUUGAGGUGUUGAGUGACCACCAGAGACGUAUCUCAUGUAUUUCUCACCUAAUUUACCUUCUCAGACUAUAAUCUGGAUAUGUGAAUAAAAGUGUGACCUUCUGGUGGAACGAGAAGUUCAAGCAAAAAGCACAAUAAAAAUAUAUUUUCGCGUUUUUUUCUUAUUGUAUUUUUCCACCUCGAUCAUCCUCUCUAUAUACUUUUAAGUCCAAAGGGGGUUUAAUUUGAGGCAUAAAUAAGAAGUGUACGAGUAUUAUUAGCCUUCGUGUAUGGAAAAAACUUCAACAUUUUUUAAAAGUUUCAUUGCGAGCCAGACGAUUCUGUCCGAGAAUUAAUUUGUACAGUCAACGUAACUUGUUUCACGGAGGUAGAAAUUUUUCGAGGAGAUCUGUACGCAGUUUAAAGUCUAUAUCAAUUCCCCUAUAAAGUGUUGCUGAAACUUUUACUUGAUAAGACACGACAACAAAAAACUACAGAGUCGAUACUUGCUUUCCCAUCAAUAACUCCUUAAAAAAAUGCUCAGUGAAUCAUGUUUCAGUGAAAGUGUCAAGAUACCUAAUAUAGAAUGUUGAUUUAUCGUGUAAAAAUCCAAUCAUAAUUUUGCAAAAAAGAGUAAUCUUUAAGAUUCUUGUGUUUCCUUAACAUAUUUCCUUAUCAUACCAAUGCACAUGAGCUCCAGAUCUUGCUUCUCCAUCUCUUCAGAGAGAACAUUGAAAUAAGAAGUGAGACACCGGAAGUGAAUAAACCUCUUAUCACGGUGAAUAUUUGAAUACAAAGAGGCGUGACCUUAACCUGAAGCAAAGCGUGGAGUAAAAAUAUCUUUAGGUGACCGGUGCUAACUUCCACAAUCUUUGAAUCUCUCGGCAUUUGGGUCGAAAGUGCAGAUUAACAAUGAAUGCAUGCAGAGAACCACUUGAAGGUCCAUCGAUUGCCGAGGAUGAGUGCCCUCGUCACAUGCUGGAUGAUCUUCAACUGGCAGCCGAAUUGGGAAAGACAUUGCUGGAGAGAAAUAAGGAAUUGGAGAGUGACUUGCGGCAGCAUCAAGCAAUUAUAAAUGACCAAGCGCAGGAGAUUGAGUAUUUGACUAAGCAAACGGCGGCGCUUCGUGAGGUGAACGACUCGCGGCUCCGGAUGUAUGAAAACAUUGAAAUCAGCAUUUCGGACUUGGAACGAGCCAAUCAUCGAUUAGUUCUUGAGAAUUCUGCCGAUAAGAAGCACAUUAAAACCCUGUGCCACACUGUUGAGACUUUGGAGUCUCGAUGUGAGGAACUCGUUAAGCAGAAUGAGGACCUCAAUAAGAUCAUUGCCAUGGACAGGCGGAAGAAGGAGCGCCAGCAAAACAGGGAGAAUGGGUGGAAGGAUGGUGCGAUGAAGUCAUCAAAAUCGCGCCAGGAUAACCACGAUAGUGAGCCUGAAACUGAAGAGGCCUCCAAUGCAAAUGUGAGAGAAAAUUCCUCCCAUUCCCUGAAUUCUUCAAAUAACCAUGAACUAGGCGACUUGAGCAGUCUCUCUGUGAGAUUGCAAGAUGUUGUUGAUUUUCCAACCAAUGGAACAAUUAGACCCAGUGCCAAUUCUACAGAGGACAGCAUUCACGAAAAUGAGGAGCUGCUCAAGUUGAUGAGUGACUUAAACAAUACCAAGAAGGAACUCAUGUGUGAACAACAAAGAAACUCCGAGAUGGAGGAACAACUUAUUUCAAUCAUUCAAGAGAACCAGACUCUACAAGGACGCUUGGCGAAUUCGAAUGCGAAUGAAGAGAUGAAGUCCAUACACGAUGAAUUAUCCAUUUUAGAGGAAGUUCGACAAGGUCAAAUGUGCAGUCGCUGCUUGAGGAUGGUGGAUGAUAAAAACCUGCAGCAAGACGAAGAUGAUGGUCUGAUGGGAGUGGAUGCUGAGGAUGAUGAUCGUAGUCUGAUUGAGCUCAUUAGCUCGCAGAAAAGUGACCACGUGUAUCGCCCACCACCGGCAAAGGAGGUAUCCAAACCGGAUAGUUUGGAUUUGGCAGCGGCUCCCGUUGCUAAUCCCUAUCGGGUGCUCGUGGAGCGAUAUGAAGCCCUUAUGGAGGAACAGAAGCGUCGUAGUCAAGUACUUGGACUGACAGAGGAUAGUCACAUGUCCGGAGAUUAUAGUUCAAUUCACACCAAGGACACCGACGAAGAGAGUGCUACGGGAAGUGGCAGAAGGACUGCUCAAGCUGACAAUGGCAAAAGUACUGGUGCCAGGAGAAAGACCACUCUGCGAACACCAACUGACUUUUCCGAAACCGAGACUACAAGUUCAGGAUAUUCCGAUGAGACCAGCAACAAAUCUACUCAAACAGAUGAGCGUGCAGGAUCUUUCCUUUGCACCAUUGCAGAUGGGGAAGACUGUAAGUUCAGCAUUUACGACGAUGCAAGCCCUAUUGGAUCUAGAUUCCGCAACAGGCCAGAGUAUCGGGAGCUGUUCAAGGAGAUCUUUGCUGUGCUCAAGAAAGCUGCAGAGAAUCGGGAUGAGGGUGAUAAACUACCUUUACUGGACGACACCCAUCCCCCAACCGAUGUUAAAGUACCACCAGUUACCCCAGCUACUGAAGACUUACCAGAGAUCCAGGAUGAUGCUAUCAGUGUAACGUCCUCCAUGAUCUCAGAGCAGUCAGUUGCAAUGUCUGAAUGCAUCACCAAGACAGAACGUCGAAAGAUUGAGCAGCAGAAGAAGCAUGCAAAUCAGGAGAAUAAGCCACCAAUUGGACAGAUUGUUGAGGAUGGCCGCAUCCUGACGCCAUACAAGCGCCAACCCCUUGAAUAUCUCUCGGUGAGUGUUAACGUGAAGAAGAAGCACAGGAAGAAUCGUCGCAACCAUGCCAUAGAUCGAUCAGAUUCUCCAGCUGGAGUCCCAUCUCCGCCCAAGGUGUUUUACGCCACGGGCAGUGGACGAAAGAGGCGCGAUAUGCGUCCCGUGGAUCUAGCCCAUCUUAGUCCUAGUGGAUUCGAGUGGCCAGGAAAGCAGGCCAGCAACCGUGGUGUUUCUCAAUCCCCAUCCACCCCAUCUACUGCCAAUAGCAGUCGCAACGAACUAGACACGAGUGCCGUUGAAUUCCGGCCGAGUACGGCGUCGCAGGAUCUUCAGAAACUCAAGAAAUUGGAUCUAUCCUAUGCUGAAGUGCUAAGGCGAGCUGACAAGUGCCAGCAUCAGCACUGGCGUAAGAAUCAAAAUCAACACCAUAAUUCUGGACAUCGACAUUAUCAGCAAUCUAGACGCUGAAUAUUUUGCAACAGCUCGGCUCAAGGCUCCCUUCUUCCACUUAGAAGUGGUCCGUUUUAAUCCUCCGUUAUGAUCCUUAUAAUAUUCAAAAAAAAAAAAUUAUGUAUCCAAAAGAAUCCUUUGUACCAUAUUUUCGCAGCAGUCUCCAGAUUCAACAAUAAAAAAAUAGAUUCAAUGUAA